AUGUCACUGCAGGAGGUAUCCGAGGCCAGAAAGGCGCGAUUGCUUGCGCUCAGAAACCGUAAAGCUGGAGAGACUGUCGACGAGACACCAUCAAACGAGCCUCUAAUCAAGCAUCGUACAUUCGACCCUGAGACACGGACACUCAAGAAGCAUACCAAAGAUGAAGACAUUGAAAUGGAGACCGUCGAAAAGGAGGUGGAAGGUCUCGCAGAGAAGAUUGUACAAGAAGAUGCCGAGCGGAGAGCCCAAGACCUUGAUUUGCACAAUAUUGCUCCGAGGCGGCCGAACUGGGAUCUCAAGCGUGACCUAGACAAGAAGCUCGCGAAGCUGGAGAGAAAGACUCAAGAAGCGAUACACACGCUCAUUCGGCAACGACUAGCGGCCCAGAACGGACAGUCUGAUGACCUGGUCGGCGCAAUGAACGCGCAAGCGAAGCAUGGCCAGCUUGAUGAAGACGUCUCAGAUGAGGACUAA